UUUUAAGAAGUUAACAAACAAAUUUAAUGAAAACUCAAACAUCUCUAACCGAUAAAAAGUAUAAAACUGAGCCUAAUACUUCCAAAGAAGCAAAUACAGAUAAUUCUUCGGGCUAUAAUCUUCGCAAGAGAAGAAGAAGCUAUGAGAAUAGGGUCCAAAAUAAUCAGGCUACACUUAAGAAAGAGUCAAGUUCUCCUGGACUAACUUCAAGAAAGGAAAUAAAAGAGGAAUAUAAAAGGGAAUAUGACAGGCAAAUGAGUUCUCUGGAUAAAGUUAGCCAGUUUAAUCCUCAUAAGAGAAUCAAGAGAGAUCAUGAUGAAGAUUAUAGAAGUGAUAAAAGACUUGAAUACUCUCAUUCAACGUCUAAAAGACAAGGAAAUUAUAGUCAUCAUUACACACCUUCCUUCCUGGUCCCAUGCCUCAAGAGCUGUCCUCCUCGUAAGAAGGGAGGAGAGGAAGAGACUAGGAUCCUUGAAGGAGGUAAAAUUAGAAAGAAGAUAUAUCUCCCUCGUAAAAACGGAGUUAACUACAUCGGCCUCUUGAUUGGUCCAAGAGGAAUGUACCAGAAAAAGCUUGAAGAAGAUUCUAACUGUAAAAUUCUUAUCAGAGGAAAUCUUCCUUUACUCAGAAGAGGUAAUAGAGAAGGUCCUUAUAAAGCUGAGGAUAAUGAUCACGAACAUGUGCUCAUCAUCACUGACAACAAAGAAAAUUUAAAAUCAGCAGAGGAUCAUAUCAAGAAGAUCAUUAAUGCCACUGAAGAAGAGAGAGACCAGAUCAGGAAAGAUCAGCUAAAGGCUGCUCUAAAGAUCAGUCAGUCUGUCUACCAAGAGUUGGAUGAAUCUCUUCUUACCCCAUAUGGUCCUCCCAGUCCUUUCGCUCACAUCAUUCCUGUUCCAAAUGAAUGUGUUGGCCUGAUCAUUGGCAGAGGAGGAGAAACCAUUAGGCAUCUUCAAGUAGAAUCUGGAGCAAAGAUCCAGGUUGCCAAGAAAGAAGUUGAGAAUACAAGCAUGAGAAAUGUCUUUAUUGAAGGCCCUCCUGAGAAAUAUGAAAAAGCAAGAAAAUUAAUCGAAGAUGUAGUUGAAGAGCACAAAAAACUUCAUGAAAAGAAUGGAAUGAAGGAUAGGUCUGCUCUUCAAGGUGAUCCUAUAAAGUUUGAAGUUCCUCAGCACCUUAUCGGCCUUAUCAUUGGCUUUAGAGGAGAUACUAUUCACUCGAUUCAAAGCAGGACAAGGACUACUAUCAUUGUUCCAAAAGAUUCUAAAUAUUCCAAAAAUUCUGUAGCAAAAUCAGAACACGCUUCACAGAAAAAUGCUAUAGUUGAAAUCUACGGAAGCACCUCCAACUGCUGCAAAGCUCAAAGAGAGAUCAAGAAGAUCAUUUCAAGUAUCGAAUCCAGCCGGAGAAGCCAUAGAAACCCAUAUCCUAACUCAAGAAGAUACCACAGCACUAGUGCUCGUGUGCCAUUAAAGUCAGAAUCAAGAAUUGAGCUCAACUCAGAAGACAAGUCUACAGGUUUGCAUGAAAAAUAA